UCUCUCUCUCUCUCUCUAUAUUGGUAGAGAGAAGACCCUUCUUUCUGUCUGUAAAGUGCAACCUGAACCCCCAACACAUGGCCUCGGCAAACCCCAGCCUGAUGGGUUCAGUCUUCAGGAGCGACUCCAUGGAACACCAGUGCCUGAUGAUGGAGAAGAGACAGCUCUUCCUCAGGAGCUACCAUUUCAGCAGAAAACGGAGCCUCUCGGAGAGGAUCAGGAGGUCCUUCACGAGGGUCAAGAGGGUCCUCUGUUUCAGGCUAAGGUCUGCCCGCCGGCUCCGGAGGCUGGUCUGCUCGAGGCUCUCCAGGCUCAGACACAGGCUCUGCUACUCCAGGAGACGAUCGAGGUUCCUUCGCCUCCUCUGCAACAACAACGCCACCAACGCCUACAACAGUCAGAAAAGUGACUCAUCAUCUUGCUUCUCUUUCUUCUCCUGACCAUCAAAUUCUAUAUAUCCGUUCGGUAGUUUAUUAACUCCUGUCCUGAAAGAUUAAAUCCUCAGUAGCAGCCUCCCAUGCUGAAGUAACAUAGACCCAUAAUUUUACAAACAUCAGGGAUUCAGAUGAAAGUCAAAACAUCAUGACCCUUUUUUUCCUUUCUGGGUUUGUUUGUCCACCGUCCUCGACGAGUUUCGCUACAGAUUCGGACAGAUACCAACAUAUUAUGAAUACCAUGAAUGCAAUAUUAUUGCAGCCAUCUUGCAACGGGGUUUGCAGAGAUGUCUCUCUGCUGUUUUAUUUAUGGAUAUUUCUGG